AUGCUUUGGGAAGCACUAUCUUGGCUCAAGAGCAAUUAUAGAUCGAAGCAUGGGAUUCCAGCCUUCUUUGUCGAAGGACAAUAUUCUUAUAACAGCAAGGACGUGGCAAUUUCAGAUUAUAAAAUCACAGUGGCAGAGGCAGCCCAUAGCGACGAUGAAAGUUUUGCUUCAUGGGCUAAAGAAGUUCAAGAAAAAGAAUUUUAUAUUCUUGAGAAUGAUUCCUGUACAAACUUCUGGCAUAGCAAACUCCUUGCUGAAAAUAGAAGAGUCGAUGAGGCCGUUUAUGAAGAAACAGUACACAGAACCAAAAAAAGAAAAACCACCCUCACAGUGUUUCCUCCCAAUGAUACUCAAUUGAAAGCUGAUACCAAAAAAAUCGCAGUUGAUGAUAUGAAAUCUUUUUACUUGAAAACAAUUGGUAUGAACUCCAUCAGAGAAGUUUCCGAUAAACCAGCUGGCAGUGAUGUGUCCUUUGGAAAAUUGUCAAAUAUUGCAAAUGAGUGUAAAGGGAUUGUGAAGGCAAAAAAGGGAAACGCCAAAAAGUCAUUAAAGCUCAUCCAGAAAGUGCAUGAUAAGGCAGAUAAAUAUGACAUGGUUAAAAACGUAUAUGAGAUCAUACUUGAAUUGCAUGUCUAUGAUGCAUACUUGUUUGAAAAAAGCUACGAAACUCUCUUGUCCGAGGCCAAUCUGGUUGUGAAGCUCUGGGGACCUCUGUAUGAAAAACUCUUCCGUGGAUCUAAUGUCAUGCUCCAAUGGGGCGACGCGACGCCAGAUGCUAUCAAAGAAUGUGGUUUAAAGAGCAGACUGGAUCUUAGGCUAUUCUCAUGGGAUGGUAGCAAGGAUACAAUCGUUGAACUCGGUGUAAAUGAGUUCUCUAGAGAGGCAAAGACAGCCAAAUACUAUUACGAUUUGCAGAAAAUGUGCCUAUGUUCCAAAGCCUACAUCAACCAAAUCAUUAAAAACUUCCCUGGACUCACCGCUGAGAUGAUCAAAGCAAUUCAGGUGCCAUUUGUGAUCACAAUGAAAUUUCAAGCUCAAGUAUACAUUAUCAAAAUGGAAUCACCAAAAGUAUAUAGCAUCGAGAAGCUCUUUGAUUUGAAUAUUCCAGCAGACAGAGAUGACAUGAAGAAGGAUGGAAUCCACAAUUUGCUAGCUGGUCUAGCCAGACUCAAGGAGAUCUCACUGCGAUUGGACCGUAUCUUGCGGACAAAGGAAAAGUUGAUUGAAGAAAGAAAAAACAACAUUGAUCGAUUAAGAGACAAUAAUCCUGAAAGCAAGGAAAGCAUUUACGCAAAAUGGGUGGACUCCAAGGUGUGGAGUACCAAGCCUCCCGUCUCCUCGUACAUUAAUUCUGCUGGAUGCAAUCAGAUUUGA